AUGCCCAAGUACAGCCAAUGGAAGCCCAGGUCCCACCCCGUCCCUCGCCUCAGUCCCUCUCCGUCCCUCGCCUCAGUCCCUCUCCGUCCCUCACCUCAGUCCCACCCCGUCCCUCACCUCAGUCACCCUAUCCGUCACCUCUGUCCCUCGCCUCAGUCCCACCCCAUCCCUCGCCUCAGUCACCCUGUCCGUUGCCUCAGUCCCUCCCCAUCCCUCGCCUGUCCCACUCUGUCCCUCGCCCUAUCCGUCACCUCCGUCCCUCGCCUCAGUCCCUCCCCGUCUCGCCUCACUCCCUCCCCAUCCCUCGCCUCAGUCCCACCCCAUCCCUCGCCUCAGUCCCACCCCGUCCCUCGCCUCAGUCCCACCCCCUCGCCUCAGUCCCUCUCCGUCCCUCACCUCAGUCCCUCUCCGUCCCUCACCUCAGUCACCCUGUCCGUUGCCUCAGUCCCUCCCCAUCCCUCGCCUCAGUCACCCUGUCCGUUGCCUCAGUCCCUCCCCAUCCCUCGCCUGUCCCACUCUGUCCCUCGCCCUAUCCGUCACCUCCAUCCCUCGCCUCAGUCCCUCCCCGUCUCGCCUCAGUCCCACCCCAUCCCUCGCCUCAGUCCCACCCCAUCCCUCGCCUCAGUCCCACCCUGUCCCUCGCCUCAGUCCCUCUCCGUCCCUCACCUCAGUCCCACCCUGUCCCUCGCCUCAGUCCCUCUCCGUCCCUCGCCUCAGUCCCACCCCAUCCCUCACCUCAGUCCCACCCCGUCCCUCACCUCAGUCCCUCUCCGUCCCUCACCUCAGUCCCUCUCCGUCCCUCACCUCAGUCACCCUAUCCGUCACCUCCGUCCGUUGCCUCAGUCCCUCCCCGUCUUGCCUCAGUCCCUCCCUAUCCCUCGCCUCAGUCCCACCCCGUCCCUCGCCUCAGUCCCUCCCCAUCCCUCACCUCCGUCCCACCCCGUCCCUCACCUGUCCCUCCCCAUCCCUCGCCUCAGUCCCUCCCCAUCCCUCGCCUCAGUCCCUCCUUGUCCCUCACCCCAUUCCCUCCCCGUCCCUCGCUCCAGUCCCUCCCCGUCUCUUGCCUCAGUCCCACCCCGUCCCUCACCUCAGUCACCCCAUCCGUCGCCUCCAUCCCUCACCUGUCCAUCCCGAUCCCUCACCUCCGUCCCACCCUUCUCUUCCUCCUCCCUUCGGUCAUCUCUUUACACCCUUCCAUCUUCCUCUCCGAGUACCGUCUGGGCGGUGGGAACGUUUGUGCGGAUGAAUUGUCCUGACGUGCACAUGAAGGGCUGGAAAUGGAUGGAGAGUGGGAGAGAAUGCGGGGAGGUGAGGCAAGGGCGGUGGGUCAUUUGGGAGCCUCUGGCCGUGCCGUUCCACGAGCUUACUGCAACCUGA